AUGAAUGCAUGUGCUAAGCCCUCCUCCACAUGCUCGCCGGUCACGGAAGAGGACAGGAAGGCUGCGUAUGAGCAUGGAGCUUCAACCUACGAGAAGGAUGUCUGCUCCGGGGAGGCAUGGCUUGGGAUAGAUAAGGCUCGUAAGGCGCUGCUACAUCAUGCUCGGGGCAAGGUGCUCGAGGUUGCAUCGGGGACUGGACACAACUUUGAUCUGUAUCCAUCAGAUUGCCGGAUUACAGCAGCAGACAACUGUGAAGCGAUGGCGAAGAUUUGCCAGUCCAAGAGCUCGCCAAACGUGGAAUCAAUCCACGUGAUGGACACUGCAGACUUGAAGUUCCUGGAUCAGAGCUUCGACACCGUUGUCGACACGUUUGGGAUCUGUAGCUACGAAGAUCCCCUGGCAAGCUUGCAGGAAAUGCAGAGGGUGUGCAAGGUGGACGGGAAGAUUCUGCUGUUGGAGCACGGUCGUUCCUGGUUUACACCUCUGAACUGGAUGCUCGAUAGAUCUGCAGCGAACCAUGCGAAGAAGUGGGGCUGCUGGUGGAAUCGAGACAUUAGAGACAUCGUCAGCAAGUCAGGUCUGCAGGUCGUGGAAAGCAAGUCAUAUCACUUAGGGACAACACACUUAGUCGUUGCAAAAAGAUCUAUUUGA